CCAUCUGUCUUUGCGAAGUAAAAGGGCAGAGCAAAGCCUCAAGCUUUCCCCCCACAUCCAUACAUAACAUCAACUGCUGCAACUGCAGCAGAAACAGAAAGCAGAAAAACAGAGUGCUCUCCACGAGAGUAUCUCUCUCUCUCUUUCUCUCUCCCUCCCUCCCUCCCUCUCUCUGUAAGUUCUUGAACUUGUGAGCAGAGAGUUUCGAAUCCGAGCGGCGAAACACUGAGUGUUGAGAUUGGAUUUGGCCCCAUCUUGAAUUCAUCAUCAUCAUCAUCAUCGUUCAAUCGUCGCGCACCGAGAAAUGUGCAACCCGGGCACCUCCGUGGCCACGGCCGAGAAGGCCACGCAGCUGCCGCCGCCGACCCAUCUCUUGCUCGACCUCCUCUCCCUCCCCGCCGGGAAGCAAGAAGAGUCCCCGGAGCCUGAGAGGGCCGCGCAGCCGCCGCCGCCGCUGCCGCAGACCCAUCUCUUACUCGACCUCCUCUCCCUCCCCGGCGUGAAGCAAGAAGAGUCCCCGGAGCCCGACGAGGCCACCACCUCGUUCCCCUCCGUCGCGGAGGCCAGGUCCCUGUUGGCGCUCGCCCUCCCCAUCGCCCUCACCGCGCUCAUCCUCUACUCCCGCUCCGCCCUGUCCAUGAUCUUCCUCGGCCGCCUCGGCGACACCGAGCUCGCCGCCGGGUCCCUCGCCAUCGCCUUCGCCAACAUCACGGGCUACUCGGUGCUCUCCGGGCUGGCCCUCGGCAUGGAGCCGCUCUGCUCGCAGGCCUUCGGGGCCCGCCGCCCGAAGCUGCUCGCCGUCACCCUCCACCGCUCCGUCGUCUUCCUCCUCGCCUGCUCCGUCCCCAUCUCCCUCCUCUGGCUCAACAUGCAGAGGGUCCUCAUCUACUUGCGUCAGGACCCCAGCAUCACCCGCAUUGCCCACACGUAUCUCCUCUUCUCCCUCCCCGACCUCCUCACCAACUCCUUCCUCCACCCAAUCCGCAUUUACCUCCGCGCUCAGGGCAUCACCCACCCCCUCACGUUAGCCUCCCUCCUCGGCACGAUCUUCCACGUCCCCGUCAACCUCUUCCUCGUCCGCCGCCUCCGCCUCGGCGUGGCCGGAGUCGCCGCCGGGUCGGCCGCCUCGAACGCCUUCGCCCUCAUCGCGCUCGUGGUUUACGUGUGGGCGGCGCGGCUGCACGAGCCAACGUGGAGGAGCCCCGGCUGGGACUGCUUUGCCGGGUGGCGGCCACUGCUCCGGCUCGCCGGGCCGAGCUGCGUCUCAGUCUGCCUCGAAUGGUGGUGGUACGAGAUCAUGAUCGUGCUGUGCGGGCUGCUGGCGGACCCGAAGUCGGCCGUGGCCGCCAUGGGGAUCCUGAUCCAGACCACCUCGCUGCUCUACGUGUUCCCGUCCUCGCUCGGCUUCGCCGUGUCGACCCGCGUCGGGAACGAGCUCGGCGCGGACCGGCCGGCCGGGGCUCGGCUCUCCUCCGCGGUGGCGGGGGCCCUCGCGGCAGGGAUGGGGAUGUGCGCGGCGGCGUUCUCGUGGGCCAUGCGGGACACGUGGGGACGCAUGUUCACCCAGGACGAGACGAUCCUGCGGCUGGUGUCGGCGGCGCUGCCGAUCCUCGGGCUGUGCGAGCUCGGCAACUGCCCGCAGACCGUCGGGUGCGGCGUGCUGCGGGGGUGCGCGCGACCUUGCACAGCCGCAAACGUCAACCUGGGCGCCUUCUACCUGGUGGGGAUGCCGGCGGCGAUCGGACUCGGGUGGGUCGGGGUCGGGUUCUGUGGGCUCUGGGUGGGGCUGCUCUCGGCCCAAGUUUGCUGCGCGGGGCUUAUGUUGUAUGUGGUGGGGACCACGGACUGGGGUUUCCAGGCGAAGCGGGCCCAGAUGUUGACGUGUAACGGCUGUGGGGACGGAGGGCUCGGGCGUAGUCUCGACGACGAAAAGCAGCCGUUGAUUUGCGACGACGAGGAGACUCCGUCGCGAUGAUCACCGUAGGAUGAAGAAAGUCAGUAACUCCUUUAAUGUAGCUUUUUUUCCUUCUUUUUUUUUUCUCUCUAUUUUCUUCUUUUGUAUCUUUUUUUUUUUUUCAUUAUUUUAGGAUCUCUCUCUCUCUCUCUCUCUCUCUCUCUCUCUCUCUCUCUCUCUUUUUUGGUGAGGUAUUGAAAUUCUUUUUUUGGGAGGGUGGAUUACUAAGAGCAGAAAUUUUUGGUUCUCGUUCGGCAUUUCUUGCUCUACCCAGAAAAAGAGAAGUCACUUUUUUUGGCCAUCAUCAAUUUGACGUUACUUAUGUAUAAAUCUAAUCUUCUCUUACCCUUUCGCAAAUUUCCUUUUCGGAUUUUUGUGACAUUUUGUGAACAAGGGGAUGUCGAAUUUCUGGUCAGUGCCGCCCAUCCUUACAACCUCAGCAUUCGUCUG